AUUUUAAUAAUAAUAAAUAAAGGAAUGGGGAAUGGGAGGGAUUAAAAUAAGCGUGAAAAAAUUUGUGUGGGGGAAAAAUCAAUAAAUAAAGGCCAAAACAAAGAGUGCUGGCCUUGGAACGCUUUCCACUGCUCUACCCCGCCUCACAGGCUUGGAGCUCCUCUCUCUCUCUCUCUCUCUCUCUCUCUCUCCCUGAAAUAGAGGAAGCAGGGGAUACACUACUCAGAGGCGUUUAAUGUUCACCCAUCGCCUCUGAAGCUCUCUUAUCUCUCUUAUCUUUUUCUCUCUUACUCUGUUUUUCUAUCUGUCUUGGAUAUUGAUUGAGGCUUGUGGUCUCUACAGCUACACUUUCUCUACGCAGCAAAGACUCAGAGGCCCAUUUGCCGUGUUGUGCUUCGUUUUUGGUUUGUUUAGUGGGGCGUGGGAAAGGCCCAAAAGGAAGAGCACAGGAGAAGUCUUUAUGGAGAGUUUAUGUAAUUAGCCUUCUGUGUGGUGUUUAGCUGCCUCUGUUCCCACAGAUCUAGCCACCUGCACACCUAGCUGUCGAUCUGCAACGGCUUUUCUCUGUCCCUCUCUCCCUUCUCUCUCACUGUAUUCCUUGCGGUUCUUCUAUUUCAGCUCCAGAUAGUUAAUCAUGAGUAAAGAAGAGUUCUUGAAGAUCCAGACUUGUGUUCUUAAAGUGAACAUACACUGUGACGGAUGUAAGCAAAAAGUGAAGAAAAUCUUGCAAAAAAUUGAUGGAGUUUAUACUACCAAAAUAGACGCAGAACAAGGGAAAGUGACUAUCUCAGGAAAUGUAGACCCGGCGACUCUGAUCAAGAGGCUCACAAAAUCCGGCAAGCAUGCGGAGAUUUGGGGUGCUCAAAAGCCCGCUAACAAUCAGCAGAACAAUCUCAAUGCCCAGUUCAAGAACAUGCAGAUUGAGAAUGGAAAAGGCAACAAUCAGGCCAAGGUCAGCGGGCAGCCGCAGAAGGGCGGAGGAAACGCUCCGCAGCAGCAGCAGCAGCAGCAGCAGCCCAAGGGCGGCGGGCAGCCUCCGAAUCAGCAACAGCUGCAGCAGCUUCAGCAUCUUCAGCAACAGAUGAAAGGGCUGCAAGAUCUGAAGAACAUGCCCCAAUUCAAGGACCUCAAAAUGCCCUUUAACAAUCCUAACCCCAAAUCCGUCAAGUUCAACGUGCCUGAGGAUGACGAUGGGAGCGACGAUGACUACGAUGACUUUGAUGAUGAUGAUUUUGAUGAUGAUGAUGAGUAUGAUGACUACCUGGAUGAUAUUCCUCCUCCAUCCGCUAACAAGAUGAAGCCGCCGGCCGCCGUGGGUAAUGGAGGACCGGGCCCUAAUAUGGCGAUGCUUAAUGGUAUGAUGAAUGCCCAAAAUCAACAGCUCAUGAACGCCCUUAAUGCUCAGAAGGGCGGUGGUAAUGGUAGUAACGCUGGCGGUAAUGGUAAGAAAGGCGGUGGCGGUGGGGGCGGUGGUGCCCCUGUUCAGGCUAAUGCCAAUGGGGGGAAGAAAGGCGGCGGCGCGGGUGGCGGAAAUGGAAACAACGGAGGGGGAAAUCAGAAUCAAGCUGCGAAAAACGGGGGCAAAAAUGGUGGCGGGGCGCCGCAGGAUGCUAAAAAUGGUGGCAAGAAUGGUAACGGCGGCAACGGUGGUGGUGCCGGCGGUGCGGGCGGGAAGAAGGGCGGAGGAGGGGCUCAACCUUUAGGGAACGGGUUCCCUAACAUAGGUGGGGGUCCCGGCGCUGGUCAGAUGGGCGGUAUUCCAAUGAGCCAAAUGGGAAACAUGCCCAAUAUGGGCCAAAUGGGCAAUAUCCCGGCCGUUCAGGGCCUUCCGGCUGCGGCGGCCAUGAACGGCGGUGGCGGCGGGUACUUCCAAGGAGCGGGACCGGAGAUGAUGGCCGGAAACCCGUACCAUCAGCCGUCGCCUCUGCAACAGCAGCAACAGCAGCAGCAGCAGCAAAUGAUGGCGGCGAUGAUGAUGAACCAGCAACGGGCUAACGGGAACGAGAGGUUCCAGCAGAUGAUGUACGCGCGGCCACCGCCGGCGACCACCUUCAUGCCGCCGUACCCAUACCCGUACUCGCAGCCCCACCCGUAUGUCCACCCGCCACCGCCCCCGCAGGACAACUACACCCACUUCUUCAGCGACGAGAACACCUCAAGUUGCAAUGUGAUGUGAAGUCGCCGGAAUGUUCCACCACCCCCUCCCCUCCUUUAAUUUGACAUUUAGUCUGUUGGGUUUGUGCCGGCCGUUAGCUCCUUUGAAAUUUCUGUUGCAGUAUUAUACAUGAAAAAUGGUUUUAUUUUAGCUUUUUAAUUAAUUUUCUUACCUUUGUUCCUUUAAUUUCUUUUUUUUCUUUUCUUUAUCCUAAGUUGGAUUAGGGUUUUAAAUUAUGAAUAGGGGAUGGAGUAUUUAUAGAUAGUAUUAUAGUUGUAGGGGGGAGGAUGAGGAUGAAGAUGAAGAUGAAGAUGAAGAGAGAGAGAGAUGUAAGUAGGGGAGGGGUGGUGGGCUUGUUCUUGAGAUGUAUGUUGUUCAUAUAUGUGUUCAUAUGCUCUGCAAAACAUAUUAGAAAUAAGAACAAAGAGAAUGGGGUACCCUAAAAAAAAAUGCCCAUCUCUCUGCCCCUUUUCUAGUAAAA